UAAGCUGGUUUUCCCAACGCCAAAAAACGCCAACGAGAAAAAAACGGAAGCGACGAAGAGCUAAGUGAUCUUUGGCAGCGGAGGCCCGAGAAGAGGAAGAAGUCAGAGUACACGAGAAGCAGAAGUGUGUUAACACGAAACUCCGACAUGUCCUCGGCUGUGUAUUUCGGCCUCCUCUUCUGGUGCCUUCAAACAAGCGUCGAAAUUCAUUGUAGUGCUGUAACAACUUUGGCAGCAGUUGGACCAGAGCUGGCCCCACCAAAGGACUUGAUCCCGAUCACUUUGAACACCAAUUAUACAUUAACCUGGAACUGGGACCAGAGUCACGCAGAGAGUCAUGCUGUCACCUUUACCACACAAUAUGUCGGGAAGUUUAAGCUGGAGUCCAAGAAGAUUAGUCCAAACUGGUCCACAGCAUGUGAAGAGAUGUCAGACAGGUCAUGUGACCUUACAAUGCUCGGCCUGCACUACCUGGGCAUCUAUGUGCUGCGUGUACGAGCCAAUGCAAAUGGAAAUCACUCCAAAUGGGUGCAGUUAGAAUUCUGCCCUGAUAAAGAUGCUGCUCUGGGCCCUCCUGCCAAAGUGGACCUUGCACCUGCCGGAAGUGACCUUGAUGUUUUCAUCUCUGAUCCAUUGACCAGCACCAACACCUCCAUGAGGGAAAAUCUCUCCGAAAUGUACUACCACAUCCUCUACUGGGAACAUUCUGAAGACUCAAAGGCCAAGGAAUUAAGCAGCAAGACCAAUAUGGUGACUUUGCCAGACCUAAAGGCUUGGACGUGGUACUGUGUGAGAGUCCAGUCAUGCAACAAGUUCUACGACAAGAGAAGUAACUUCACUUCACCCCAGUGUCUGCAGACUCAAGGUAAUAUUCCAUGGUGGCAGAUCAGCCUGUACUUCGCGGGCUCUCUGGUGACCUGCUUCCUGGUCAUGCUGCUCUUAAUCUACAGCUCUUUUAGGUGCUACAAAACCGUCAAGGCAACGUUUUACCCCUCCGACCAGUUGUCUACACAUUUUAAGGAGUAUCUGUGUGACUCUCGUGGUUCUGAAAUUCCACGCCUCUUCACUGCGGUUUCAGAAUCAGAGCUGCUGUGUGAUAAUUUGGUCAUUUGUGAUCAGCCAACAGUCCUGGAAAUCCACAACUUUUGUCCUGAUGACGUGGCAGCUCCUCCAUCCGACCCGGAGUCAGAUACCAGUGGCAGACACAGUCGUCAGAACAGCAGCAGUGGAGACUCUGGAGUUUAUUCUACAGGGGGAUCCUCCAACCUGCCACAGCUCAACAGCAGUCAAACCUCCACUGGAACUGAAGACCUGGAGCAGUUGGGUAAAGAAACUUCUAGAAAAAAGAAGGUCAUGAAUGACAGACUCACACAAGGAAGAAAACUGCACAGCUAUCACUCACCAUCUCAGUUUCCAAGAAGGAAGUGUGUUGUUAUACUGGAAAAAAAAAAAAAACCCACUUCAGUGUUUGUAUAGCUCUCUUUUCCUUCAGUGGCCUACAUUUUGGCACUAACCAGGAGAACUGUUAGUGCUCAUCUUCAGCAGCCACUAUCUUAAACCUGAUUUCAUGCUGUUGGUGGUUGACAUGGCGCUGUAAUAUGACAAUGUCUGAGAGCAUUAGAGUAUAUUUGUUGCAGUCUGCAUCAAUAAUGUUUUUGAGUGUAAAAUUAUGUUUUUUUCUUUCUUUUUGAAUAUCAUGUUGCUUUAAUUAGAUAUUAAUAGUAGAUGAUUAGGUAACAAAAGGAAUGAUUGGGAUGAAUGACUGUUGUCAAAGUACUGAGAAGUUGCAGAAAAGUGAAGUAAAAAAAAACAAAAAACAAUACAGCAAUUGUGUACCAGGACUUAAUAUUUCCAUUGAUAUUCGAUAGUCCCAAUGAUGAAAGGGUGAUAAAUACAUACAGGACAUAUGUAAAGAAAAUCGUUCAACCAAAAAUGUCUGACUAAAUUGGAAUAAUAUUUUCUGGGUACUGUUGACAGUUGGAUUUUUAUUGGUUUAAAGUAAUAAAAGGGGAAGACUUGGGGCAACCAGGCAGGUUUUUCUGUAACGCAAUAUGUGGCAUCCCAGUGAAUAAACAUUUACAGUAGUAUAUAUAUUUUGGGAGGGAAGGGAUUUUAGGAAACUUAGACCCAGUCUGAUUUUGAACGAGGAAUAAUUGGCCAGAUACAAAAUGUUGAUGAUGCAUCUCCAUUUCCUCUUAUUGGUCCCCUCAAUAUACCCACUUGACUAAUCACGAGCCAGUCUUAGCUGUCAAUCAUGAUGUUUGACUGUUUUCAUAGAAUCACAUUACUUAUUAAAACCAAACUUACAGGGAAAAUUGACUUGCCUUGGUGUUAUAAGACCUACUUAAAAUGACAGAAAUCAUCUUUAAGAAAAAUUGAUUUCAUAUUUACCCUGUAGUAUGGCUCAUAUUCAAACAACCAAUCUUGGAGCCAAUCGGCUAUUGUCCCUCUCUGGGUCAGUGACCUCCUGUGUAGUGAGCGACAUCCAGGCUAAGACUCCUGUUGUGCAACUAGUUCCUUUUUCACAUGAGCCGGACAUUUCUCAACACAAAACACAAACAGUGAUUUUGUAUGCCUUGGGCAGUGCUGGUCAUUGUCACUUAAGUGUACUCCCCACUGACACAAUGAUAUUUAAAAUGGUCCAGUUUUUAGACAUUUUGAUAAAAUGUCACUUAAUCAAGGUCCAUCAGUCCAUCCAUAAAAGUUUCACAAAAUACAGUGAAAUGUCUUCCUUCUAAUUCUGACUUCCUCUAAACAGUUACGUUUGUGUCUAAAACAAUUAGUAACAAACAAUUAGGUUUUAUUUUAUGUGCUUGUGUGUCUGAAAAAAGCUUGCGAUCAUUUCAGAACAAUUUUUUUAUUCUUCCAUUUAUGAUUCUAAUAGAAUCUUGGUGCCAUUUUAGUUUAGCUUGUUCUGAAAUAUAUUUUAAUAUAUUACUUUUUUUUACCUACAUAUUUUUUAUCUGCUGUUCAUCUUUUGUGUUUGUUUUUAAGUUUUGAUGGAUAAACCUGGUACAGUUAGUUAUAAAUUGUACCUUACUUAUUUUUCCAGAUCACUUAAUCCAUGAAUGGCAUUUUUUUGUGAAAUAAGUUCAUUGUUGUUGCUGAAUUUCCUCUGCAUUGUCUGAACAUAUUUUCUUUGUUGAUAUUGUAUCUCAGCCUUUUGUGGAGCUGUGUGCUGGUGAAUCUACAGCAGCCAUGUUAAUGGACAAUCAAAGAUAGUGAAAUAAACCACCCCA